CAUUUUCGUUUUGACGAAUAUUGACAGCACGGCAGACAGACAGUGGCGCGGUCGUCGACGCAGCGUCUGCUCGACUAUUUUUAUUUUGAUUGUGAUUCACAUAGUGAACUGAUUACAUUUACUUACACGUAGUGUAACGCUUGUAGUUAAUCAAUUGUUAACUGCACAUUAUUUCGUGACAAGUGAUCGACGAUACAUGAGAGACUUCGAUUUUUGGUGCUAACCUCUUUUUUUACUUAGUGUUUUUUAAGAGAACUGCAAGACUGUGAUCGAUAUGUGCAAGAUGUAUUACAGAUGACUCUGCAAUAUAUUUCGUGCUUCGUUGCUUCUCUGAUGCGCCGGCGCAGCUGGUGAUCGCGGCGGGAUGCAGGGCGGCGCGCCCGCCGCGGACGCCGACCAGGCGCAGUUCGAAGCGGACAAGCGCGCUGUUUAUAAACACCCCCUGUUUCCGCUGCUGGCGCUGCUGCUGGAGCGGUGCGAGCAGGCGACCGCGGGGGCGGAGGCGCCCGCGGCGGACGCGUUCGGUGCAGACCUGCAGGCCUUCGUGCAGCACCAGCGCCGCGACCGCCGCCCCUUCCUCGUCGACGACCCCGAGAUAGAUGGACUUAUGAUUAAGAGUAUACAGGUGCUGCGGAUCCACCUGCUGGAGCUGGAGAAGGUGCAGGAGUUGUGCCGCGACUUCUGCGGCCGCUACAUCGCCUGCCUGAAGACCAAGAUGCAGAGCGAGAACCUUCUCCGUACUGACUAUACCUCAGGUGGGAUAGAGAGUAAUAACAAUUUAUCAGGGACUAUGGACGACCACUCCAGUACCAGUAACUCGCCGCAGUAUCAGGUACCAAAAUCGCCGCCAGCGCCGUUAGCGGCGGCGUACCCGGCAGUGUUCCCGCACGCGGUGCCGCUCGCGCCGCACGCGGAGCUGCACUACUCGCAGCCGAGAGACGCCGCAUCCAUGGUGGUGCAAGGGUCGACGCCCAUCAGUCAAAUUGGAGCUGGCCUCGUAGCGGACACCUUCACAGGUACGAACUCUAGUACUUCUAAUCAGUCUGCGCUGUCGGUGUCGUGCUCGUCGGUGUCGGGCUCCCCGCCUCCCGACGACGAGGAGGAGGGCGGCAAGCGCGGCGUGCUGCCCAGACACGCCACGCAGGCCAUGCGCGCCUGGCUCUUCCAGCAUCUAGUGCACCCAUACCCGACGGAGGAGGAGAAGCGGUCGCUGGCUGCGCAGACGCGGCUGACGCUGCUGCAGGUCAACAACUGGUUCAUCAACGCGCGCCGCCGCAUCCUGCAGCCCAUGCUCGACUGCAACGACAAGCCGGGAGGAAAGAAAACUAAAAACGGUUCGUCGAUAAGCAAAAGGUAUUGGCCGGACGCGCUCACCAACCCGCAGUACACGGCCGGUUUGUUAUCCUCUUCAGAGGACGAAGAGCAAGAAGGAGAGCAGUCAGGUGAUGAGCAGGAGAGCCAGCAGGAGGAGGUGAAUGAUCCCGCAUACCCUAUACAGCAAACCAUGCACUAAACUCUACAUUCAUAUUUUUAUAUUUAAAAUCCGAAAAACAAUCCCUAUUUCCAAUCCAGAAUAUAGUAAAUCUCUUUAAUCUGUGACAGAAAAAAAAUGACGAUAUGAAAAUUGUCUGUGGUUGACCACAGAUAAAAGAAAACGUAAAAUUGUGAUGAUAAUCUUAGAAUUUUGAUGUACUCUAGUACUUAAAACGGGAGUAAAUAAACAAAUUGAUAUUCUUUUUAAAUUCGGUAAAAAGAAAAAACUCAAUGAUCACAUAAAAUCUGGUGUUUAAUCAAAAAACAGCAAUUAUUCUGAGUGUGCAUUGAAAUUUAAUUUUAUAACGAUUUCAUUAUUAGAGAAAUUUAAAAAGUGCAUGUUUUUUAAAAGGGUUUAUCAAAUAAUUUGAUCUUAUGCAAGUUGCCUCUUGUUUUUAUGUAUUUUAAAGAAAAAAAUCACUUUCUAAUAUCUAACAUAACCUAAAAAAUUGACAGUUGUUUUUUUUAAUUCAUAAUUAAAGGUUUUACAGUUGUCUAUGAUUUAAAAAUGCUGUUUUAAAUCCAUAAACGAGAGACAGCUUGUCAUUUUGGCGGGGAGUUACAACUUUUUUUUUAAAUUAAAAAGACAUUGUUACUGUGUAUACCAUAGUUGUAAGAUAGCAUAGAAACUUGUAUACGUAAUUCGUACCUCACUAUUUUAAAAUUCCUAAAUAUUCUUACAGUUACGCUUUAUUGAUAAUGUCACUAUUUUGUGGGAGUUUUAUUUUUAAUUUUAGUGUAGUAAUUCGAACACAGAUUAUGCA